AUGCCGGCUAUCGUCGGGCUGAUUAGCGACAUCAUCGCGAUAUCAUGGGGAUACCCCUCCAAAUGCAAAUGGACUGGUAAGAUACGAGUGAUCUUUGGUCCCGAGUUCGGAGUUUCCUUUCUUCAAAUAUCAGGUGUUAAUCCUUCCAUCUAUCUCUACUUUCAUUCCUGUCCAUCAUUUCACUCUGUCCAACAAUUCACUUGUCAAUUAUCUCGUUAUCUUUGGCAGCUACGGGUGUCUCCCAACAUGGCGAUAACAAAGGCUUUGAAGAGCAGGAAUGCUUCACUACUUUCCACAAGAGCUAUUUCCUCCCAGACGUUACCUCGUCGAUCGUCUAUUGCCUCAGAUCAUACAACUUCCGACAAAUUUCCUUUAUCACAGACAAUUACCGUCAAAUCGCCACCCAAGAUGGCCAAACCAACCCCCCUAUCAAUUCUCCCAUUAAGUUCAAUUCUGAGAUCGUUGGCCACAAUGUCAAUCUCUUCCUCACCACUCCUCCUCCGCCCCUCCUUAGCCAUCAUGGCCAAACUCGCACAUUCACAAUCAGCCCUCCUCUCCCCCGAUUCCAAUCCCCUCCUCCGUAUCUUCCUCAAACGAACAUUCUACAAACAAUUCUGCGCCGGCGAAAACGAAGCCGAAGUAAGACAGACCGUCGACAGUCUCCGCAACCUCGGAUUCAGCGGCGUCAUCCUCGCGUACGCCAAAGAAGUCGUACUCGACAAGAAACAAACCGACGCUCUCGCGUCAUCUGGAAACAACGAGGCAGCAGAGGCUUUUAUACGCAAUGAGAUUAUACCAUGGGCAAACGGCACUUUGGAAACUGUGCGCAUGACGCGACCAGGGGAUUACGUCGCGCUUAAGUUCACGGGUGCGGGAUCGCAGGCUCUGUACGAUCUCUCGCGACAGGCAGAUCCUUCGCCGGCGCUGAAGGAAGCGAUUGAUUCAGUGUGUGAUCUUGCUGCGGAGAAAGGCGUCAAGCUGUUGUUUGAUGCGGAACAAGCUGCUUUACAGCCAGGCAUUGAUGCUUGGACGCUGAAAUACAUGGAGAAGUACAACAAGACUGCGAAUGGAGAGGCGGUUAUAUAUGGCACGUACCAGGCAUAUCUGAAGGGUACACCAGCAGUUGUGGCUAGCCAUCUCGAGGCAGCACAGAAAGGGGGUUUCACUCUGGGCGUCAAGCUCGUGAGAGGCGCAUACCUGGGAUCGGAUCCAAGACAUCUAAUCCAUGACACGAAAGCCGACACAGACGCUGCAUACGACGGCAUCGCCUCAGCACUCGUCCUCAGAUCGUACAAUUCAAUCCUCCAGCCUUCCUCAAAAUCAACCGCAUCCUCCCCCUUCCCAAACGUCGCGGUCGUCCUCGCAGGCCACAACAUCAACUCCGUGCGUAAAGUCCAGGCCCUUUGCAGUCAACAACUCCGUCACGGCAAUAAAGCACCCGACGUCAUCUACGCGCAGCUGCAAGGUAUGGCCGAUGAAGUGAGCUGCGAGUUGGUUCUUGCUGGGAAGCAGGCGUUGGCCAAAUCUGGGAUGGAGAAGAGUGUGGAUGUGCCGAAGGCGUAUAAAUAUCUCGUUUGGGGAACGACGGGCGAGUGUAUGAAGUAUCUGUUCAGGCGCGCGCAGGAGAAUAAAGAUGCGGUGCAGAGGACGAGGGAGGGGAGGGAUGCGAUGGCUGGGGAACUGUGGAGGAGAGUUAAGAUGGGCUUUGGUUUUGGUGCUUGA